AUGCCCAACUCAGAUGCGAUUCGACGCCGUGCCUUUCGCCGAACAGACGACUAUACACCCGGCACGCCGAAAGUGAAACUUGUGGAGGAGAUUCUACCUCCCCUUGGACCUACAUCUGUGUUAAUCAAAGUCCAUGCCGUCGCUCUUAACUACCGUGAUGCGAAUAUUGCGAAUGGGGGAAAUCCGUGGCCAGUCAUACCAAACGGGAUACUGUGUAACGACGCAGCGGGCGAAGUCAUCGCCAUCGGUGACAAAGUUAAGACACUAGAAGUUGGUGAUAGGGCUGGACCUAUUACUGAUACUGAGAAUAUAUCGGGACGGGAGAUCAGCCGUUCAUGGCUAGCAGCGGAUGAAGAUGGUGUUAUGGCAGAUCAUAUUGUUUUCGACGAGAAUGUUCUCUGUAAACUCCCAACUUAUCUUGAUUGGGUUGAGGCUGCUACUAUUCCCUGUGCUGGAGUGACUGCUUGGUCAGCUUUGAAGGGGAUGAGUAUUGGGCAAACUGUUUUGAUUCAAGGUAAGCUCACACCCAAAUCAGCAUCAAUAAAAGAGAGAAAAGCUAACUUCAGGGUAGGCACUGGAGGCGUAAGCGUUUUCGCACUUAAACUUGCGAAAGCGGCCGGUCUGCGAAUCAUUUUAACAUCUUCAAGCGACGCAAAACUCAAGCAAAUGUCAGACAAAUACCCAGGGAUUUUGACUCUCAACUAUUCCACGAAUCCGGAGUGGGAUCAAGAAGCCAUGAAGCUUACAGGCGGAGAGGGCGUGGACAUCGUUGUAGAGAAUGGUGGAACGGGAUCCUUGGUCAAAAGUCUCAAGUGCACUCGACGUGGUGGUGUGGUCAGUCAAGUCGGAUAUCUGUCGAAGCAGGAUCCUGCCGAUUUGCGAGAGCUGGUUCCAACUAUCAUCGAUCGCAGGAUUAAUCUUCGGGGUAUCAAUGCCGGCUCAAAGCACGAUAUGGAAGACUUUUGUGCUGCUCUUUCAGCAGCACAAACUGGUCUUCAUGAUUUGAUUGACAAGGUCUUUCCAUUUGAGCAGGCUGAGGAUGCUGUUGAGUAUGUUUGGCAGGGUAAACAGAUUGGCAAGAUUGUUCUCCGUCUUUAG